GAGGUUAUAACAGAACAGAGAAAAUCCAUAUAAAUUGGCAUAAAAGAUAAGAAGGCAAACAAACAAAGAUAGGCUUCGUCUUUUAGUGAUACUUGGGAGCGUUAGAGUCUGAUGUACAGAAACUAGCUUCCUCAAAAAUAAAACGAAAAUCUGAGACUUGAGACAUUGCCGAACAACAUUGUUUGCCAAUAAUUUAACAAUGGAGUGUGCAAUUGGGGGCAAACUUAAACUUCUUUCUCCUUCAAUUCCAAGCUUUCUGAACAGUAGGAGGCUCCCAUGGGAUCAACUUCGAAAUAAGCGACUGACUACCUACAAGUUCCAGAUUCAAGCUCAGAACUGUUUCUCAUUGGAGGUAGAGGUUGAGAAAGGAGGAAACUUGGGAAAUUUUAAUGGUGAAAGCCUCGUUUGGCCUUCUCCUAGCGAUGAAAUUCCAUUCUGGAACAAGGAGUUCCCCUGUUGGGAUGUGAGCUCAGAUAUUCCAGUUGAAGUAAACAAGGACGCUCAACUCCUUCACAUAAUUCAUGUCACGGCUGAAAUGGCACCUAUCGCGAAAGUUGGUGGUCUUGGUGAUGUUGUAACAGGACUUGCGCGGGCAUGUUUGUUGCGUGGUCAUACAGUUGACGUGAUGCUCCCUUUCUAUGAAUGUAUCAUCAAGGAGCAGAUCAGUGACUUGACAUUAAUCACAUCCUAUAACUCUUACCAUGAUGGAAGUUGGAUCCCAACUAAUGCAUAUCGUGGAGUAGUUUCAGGAGUUGCAAUUAUACUUAUUCAACCAACCAAUCACUUCUUUAAGGGGAGAAAUGUAUAUGGGGGUUCCUACAAUGAGCUGGAGGCAUAUUUGUUCUUCAGCAGGGCUUGCCUUGAAUGGAUGCAGGUGACUGGUACGCAACCUGACAUCAUUCAUGUUCAUGAAUGGCAGACAGGUGCUUUACCCUUGCUUUAUUGGGACAUGUACCAUUCUCUCUCACUCAAGAAACCAAGAAUAGUAUUGACAAUCCAUAACAUGGAGCAUUUUGGUGAGUGUAGCAAAGAGCAACUCGACAAGUGUGGUCUUGAGGGAUCUAUAUAUGCAUCUAUUGACAAGGCAGUUGAUGAUCGAACCCUUGGCCAUAAUCCUGAGAGGUUGAGCCUACUGAAAGGUGGAAUUGUCUAUAGUAAUGCGGUAGUCACAGUCUCCCCAUCUUAUCUUAAGGAGACACUAUGUUCUGGAUGGCUUUCAAGUGCUUUGAUAAAACACCGAGAUAAGUACAUUGGUAUAUUAAAUGGGAUAGACAAUACAAUCUGGAACCCUGCUUCUGAUGUUUUCUUGCCUGCUAAGUUCCAUGCUCAAAACUUUGAGGGCAAAAAGUUAUGCAAAUACUAUGUCCAAAAGGGGCUUGGUUUGCCCACCGGUGCCCAUGUAACAGAUAUGACACACAAGGUGCCCUUGGUUGUCUGUAUCACUCGACUAGUUGCUCAAAAGGGUCUUCAUUUAAUCGUGCACGCUAUUAAGCGUGUUGAAGAACUUGGGGGACAGAUGAUUGUACUGGGGAAAGCUCCGGAUGCUAAGGUUGAAAGAGAAUUUGAAGGUCUUGCAAAUUCGUAUAACCAAGGCUGUAGUAUUCGAAUCUUGUUGAUAUACAGUGAGGAGCUGUCUCAUAUGCUUUAUGCUGCAGCAGACAUGGUGUUAGUUCCUUCCAUGUAUGAGCCAUGUGGACUUUCCCAAAUGAUUGGAAUGCGCUAUGGAGCAGUUCCGGUGGUUAGAAAGACAGGAGGUCUUGCAGACACAGUCUUUGACAUGGAUGAUCAGCCAAAUCAUGAAAUGGGCAAUGGGUUUGUUUUUGAAGGAAUAGAUGAAGCAUCCCUAAAUUGGGCUCUGGAUCGUGCUUUUUUGUAUUUUGUAGACAAACCAGAUAAAUGGAAAAGCAUUGUAAGGAAGGUAAUGGAACUUGACAACAGCUGGAACAACACAGCAGGGAAAUAUGUCGAGGUCUAUAAUGCAAUCAGAUCAUAGCAAGAUGGUGAUGGUAGACUAUCAAGAGGAGGCCAUUUAAUUAAGCGACCGAUUGGACUUCAGCUAGGCCUAUGCCUAUGCCCUGUGUAUAUUCCUGUAUAUUUCUUUUACCAGUUUUAUGAUUGCAAAUUAGAUCGGUUACAUUAACAUGCAUGCAUACAUAUUUUAGCUGCGAAAAGUCAAUUAUGGCCCAAUUUUACGUGAUGCCUCUCUACCUAGUACGUAUGCUAUUUGAUUCUGCUGUACACCUUUCCUUGAACUGAAAAUAAGAUGUGUAAGCAUUAAUCUUACAUUCUUUAUUCAAGUUUGCUUAGUCAUUGAGAACCUAUUGCUUGUAAUAAGUGCUAAGGGUGAUCUUACAAUGUUCUUAAUUCAUUUAUUUGUUUUUUGGCCUA